AGCGGUCCUGCGCGGGGCCGGCGCCCGCGGCCGUGGCGGCGGCGCGUCGCGCCGCCCCGCGAUGGCCCCCGGCAGUAGCACCGAGGCCUACCGUCAGGGCGGGUCGCCCGAGUCGUGGGGACCGCAGCAGCUGCUGAAGGGCUACCUGCAGUCGUGGGACGGCCCAGAGGACCGACGACGUCGGUGCCUGGGGCUGCGACACGGCCAAGUUCAGGGCCCGCUGCGCAAAGUACAGCAGCCAGGUCGAGAGCGCGGUGGAGCAGGACCUGUGGCGCAUCGACAGCUGCCCGAAGGGGCACCAGCUCAAGACGUGGAUCACGCCGGGAGGACCCGUCUGCAACGGCUGCAGGGGCGCGACGCCCCAGGGCGCGAGGGUCCUGGACUGCCGGGAGUGCGACUGGUACCUGUGCUGCCGGUGCCAGCCGCACCUGAGGACCAGGACGACGGCGCGACCCGCCGGACAGGAUCCUCGCCGACGUCCUCUCCGUACACGCUCGCAUCGAUGCACCUCCGGUGUGCAACACCUUCCUGGUCGCGAUACCCGUGAUCGCGGCGUGCCUGGCCUUCGUCUCCCACUGCGAGGGCUGGCCUCCCCUGGCCGACGGGCUCCUCUUCCCAGG